GGUACUUCCCGAGUGGUGAGGUACUCUUGCUCUCGGUACUCUAGUACCCCUGGUACUCUCGGGGGUCCCUCCUCACAGGAAGGUGUCGGUGCAUCUCAGGGGGGAAUAUGUGAGGGAGAGAUAGAAGCCGGCGUGUAGAGUAUGCGUAGGAAUUAUCGAGGAGUUGUAAAUAAUGGACUCGCGACUAUUAUCCAGCCCUCUUGAAGCAGUGUACAGCACAGGUAAUGAAAAAGACAAAAUUGCACUUCUCCAGGACUCGGUGCCGCAGUUAGAAUCGCUUUUCAAUAUUAGUCAUUGUAUUGGACAUGGCACCUUCAGCUCGGUGUACUUGGCUCGCACCAAACACACCACAACCAUCAAUGGCCGUCGCCAUUUUGCCAUUAAGCACAUCAUCCCGACCUCUCAUCCGUCACGUGUAUACAUGGAACUAAAGUGCCUCAGAAUGAUUGGGGGCGAGGAUAAUGUGAUGGGGGUCACCAUGUGUUUCCGUGAGAUGAAUCACAUAGUACUGGUCAUGCCAUAUUUCCCACACGAUUCGUUUACUGAAUAUGUUGGGUGUUUAAAUACACUUGAACUGCAAGAUUACUUGAUAAACCUAUUGACAGCCUUGCGUAGGGUUCACACCUACAGAGUCAUUCACAGGGAUGUCAAGCCUGCUAAUUUUCUCUUCAAUCGAAAGCAUCGAAGGUACUCCUUAGUGGACUUUGGUCUUGCUCAAGAUGCUGGACAAAAAAAAAAAAUCAACCCUAUUGAUGUUGGGCGAUCAAUGACGCAGAAUGUCACGUGUAAACUUUCUACACCUCCCGUUGUUGAUACUCUACCUUUGGCUACACACAAAACUGCCAAGAGGAAGCUUGGAGGAUCCCCUGGGAAGGAAGCUGGUGAGUACGAGAAGAUCAAGCGUUCUCGUCAUCUGUCUCCCUCUACCAGCACCAUCUCUGGCAUCCUGUCCAGCACCACAAGUCGUGUUAACCCUCCGUUGCGGCGUUCUCCAAGGAAGCAGUGUUCCAUUUCCGUUUCCCCAAAGAAGGAAAAUUUUGGGACUCCUGUUACGCUGGACUGUCGGAAAACCCCUACAAAGGCUCAUGAAACGCAUGUUCCUAUGGACUCUCCAAGUAAACACACCAGGAACGCAGAAGCUUCUCGCAAGAUUGAGGAUGAUAAUGAUGAUAAAGGUCAAGAAAGUAAUACCAGCGUCCUUGAAGGAAAGAACGAAGCCACGUGGAAUUUGAGGAGAUCGCCUAGGAAAGCACCGUCGACGAGCCUUCCGAAUGUCCCACUGGAGGGUCUUGCCAAACACCUUCAGGAUGUCACCCUGAUGCAGGUGGGCAACAGAACAACGGCUUUAAAAAUAGGAAAGAUUAAAGGGGAGUUAAACACAAGCUGUGACUCUUCGUUCACGAGUAAAACCUUCUGCCAGCGGCAGCGGCAGUCGCGUAGCGUGAUAACGUGUAGUCCAAGUCCAAGAGUGUCUGGCAUUGCAGGAACCCCUGACCAAAACGGAGUGCUGCCUAAACCUGUAAAGAGUGCCAAAAUUCUUCAAGAGGUUCAGACCCCAACUGGAAGUGUUUUGCGACCAGUCUCGUGCCACUGUUAUGGAAGUGCUAAAGUUUGUGGAGUAUGUGCUGGUAGGCCUAAUCAAAUGGCACCAAGAGCUGGCACUCCAGGCUUCAGAGCCCCCGAGGUUCUUCUGCGACAUCCUGACCAAGGAACAGCUGUUGACAUGUGGUCUGUUGGGGUCAUUUUGUUGUGCCUGUUGAGUGGGCGUUACCCAUUCUUCCGAGCAGCUGAUGAUUUGUCAACUUUAGCAGAGAUCAUAACCAUACUUGGUACCAGUACAGUUCGAAAAGCAGCAGCCAAACUUGGGAAAUUACUUACAUGCAGCGAAGAUAGGAAACCUCUUGACCUCAUGAAAGUGUGUGAAAUUUUACGGAACAACACUCUGAGAAGCCGUGGAGCGUGUGGCAAUUCAAAUGUCAAAACGGAACAAUGCCCAGGAUGCUAUCAGCGAGAUAUCUGUGUAUGCCUGGCUCCUCCUGUGAAAUCGAGCGGAUCCUCGCAGAGUUCUGGAUAUAACGGCAAGAAAAGAAUACAAGUCCAUGGGGCAAACCUCCAUAAAAGGGGUCCGAUUCCUUCAGGUUCUGCAUGCUUGUUGUCAUCCCAAAAGAGGACUAAAGUACAGAUAAGUCAAAUGAUGCCACAGUUGUAUUUUCCUCUCUUCUCUAGAGAUAGCUUGAUAUCCUCUAUAAACAAAGCCACAUCUUUAGAUAUUGAUUGUCAGCAAAGUGUUAAUAAAAUGAAUGCUCAGGUAACUGAGGCGGCAUCAACGUGUUUCCGUAAAGACUUGAUGGAAACAAUAUCCCAUGGGAUGUCUCGAGACAUUUUGCCCCAAAAUGUGAAUAGUGAAUUCCAGUGUGGCAGUACAUCUAGUGCGUGUACUUCAGCUGUUGUAUAUCCACCUCUGGUUUAUCAUUUACUCUUGAAACUCUUGGAUCCAAAUCCGGAGACUCGUAUUACUGCGGAAGAGGCAUUAUCCCAUCCAUUUUUAAAUCCCCAGUCUAUCCAUUAGUGUUAAAAAUCACAAGGCUUAAAAAUCUCCUGGAAAAUACAAUUAAAAUUUUUUGUACAAUUUUUGUCGAUUUGUUAAAAAUAUAAGUUUGUAUUCGUUGUGAACUAGCUAUGGUAUGAGUUAUUGUUUAGUGUUAGAAUAGAUUUAAAAUGUAGGUAGUUAGUAGGUAGUUCUUCUUGAAUCGUUAUGUAUGUUGUUGAUCUUUUGUCAUUUGAGUUUCUUGAAAAAAAAAAAAAAAAGACUUCUUGUCUACUCGCCGGGAAAGAACUGGAUUCUAAUGCUCUCACACAUCCACAUGCAUUUCUGUACUUCACAUUCAUGCUUUUUCCAACAUGUACCUUAUAUUUUGUCGUUAAAUUUUUGUUUUUGCGUUAUUUCAGAUUCUGAUUUAACUCUUUGAUGCUCAUCCCGAUAGUGACUUGACUAGCUCCUUACCCAUGCUGACUGAGGUAGCCUUCGUUGCUGUCAUAUAUUUAUUUUAGUGCUGCGAAACCUUUGUUAUUUUUGUUUUAAUAGGUUAGCCUCCAAUUUAAUAAUUUUUUGGCAAUUGUUUUAACGCUUAGUGAGGUAAGUAAUAAUAAUGUCUAAUCAGAGACAUAUUAAUAAAGGAAAAAACUUAGGUAUUUGUGUAUUUUAUGUAAAUAUUUGAACUACAGUCUUGCACUCAGUAGAGUGCGAUGGACUUGGUGUAGUUCAAAUCUUUUAUGUAAAAUAGAUAAAUCCAUAAGUGUGGGAAUUUCAACUCAGUGGGGUGUUAUGAAGUAUUAGACUAAUCAAUUUUGGUAGCUUGUGCAUGCACUAUACUACAGGAGGCAUGGCAUCUAGAGCUAGCUAGGCCUUGCUCCCCCUUAGUCACUGAUUAGGUGAACAUUAGUAAGUAGACAGUAAGAUCCAAUGUUUGGAAAUUACAAUGUUACUGGAAAUUAGUCAUCUAAUCAACCCAUCGGAAAAGAAAGAGAGGGCUUGAUAAUGGUCCAGGAUGGACUGGUACGUUGUCGCUGAUAAAUGUGGAUUGGGUGUUUAUCUCUAAAUGUAAAUAUAGGACAAUAUAUCAUUAUUGAAAGAGAUUAUUCCAAGCAUAAGUAAUCCUUUAAUCUUCUUCACUGCCGAAAUCCACCAGCAUUGUUUUUUUACAGAUUUUGUAAGUUCUGUCAAGGCCUUGAAGUGAAAACCCAGUUUGUGUAGAGGAUGGCUGCCUCGAGUUGGUUGGUUCGGAGGAGUGUGUCCCUGUGGCUGUCUUUGUAUGUGCUUGACUAACGGUGACUACGGGGAAGUGAGGUCUAGCUCUCUGCCCCGCCUACUUGUUGCAUUAUAAUUGAUCUUUUCUGGUGUUCGAAUUCUUUGUCGAAUUGAUUAUAUGCAAGGUCUUUGUAGUACAAAUUUCUGAAUGAAUACUAGAUGUGUUUUCCUAAGGUCUUCCUCUAUAUAGUGUAGGGGGAUUUAUUUAAUUUUAACAUGCCUUAUAAAUAUAACAUAGGGAUGAUACUAACUGUCUUUGAGCCAGUUUCUGCAUAUGAUUUAACAAGUAUUAAAUGUAAAGUGGUUUUGCCUAACCAGAGGUGUAAAAAAGUAACUGUUUUGCCUAACCAGCAACAAACAUUUCGAGGUUAAUUUUCGUUAGUCAGAGAAAAUGACAUUUGAUGGGUUAUUGUGAGCACCACCUUCCUCUGGUGGGGAAAAUGCCAUGCUUCUUUGACCCAUUGGUAGUUGAAUGAGGCUUGUGAAGUCCCUCUUUUGGUCACAGGAUUUGAGGCCUGACUUGAUGUGUGUUAACCUUUAAGGCUUAACACACUGUAGUCCUAUUGGGCACCAUAGUCCAAUUCUUCCUGGUUUCACUCGUAUUGGGCCUGUGAGGCCGACAAUAAUCGCAAACAUAAUAUAGUCUUAAUAAAAUGCUACAAGUGGAUGGCGAGAUCAUAUUGCCACCAUAACUUUAUUUUCCUCUUCAUUGCUCAAGUGACUGUUGCCUAAAGACAGAACAAUAGUACAAAAAUGACUGUAUUCUCUCUCCCUGUGAAUUUUGUCAACAAAUAUAUAUAGAGCUACCUGUACUGAUUGAUCUACUGAGGUAAUUUGCGUUCAUACAUGCUUUAUCUACCCGAGGGCCACCAUCUCUAGUGGCCUUAAUGGGCAUGAAGAAGUCCCUCUUUUUUCCCCCGAUAUAAAAUGCCAAGACAGUCUUGGCAUUUAUUUUUGGUGGGUAGGUGAAUUCAUGGGUUUAUUGCCUUAUAGAUGAAAAAGUGUUUCCUGUUGUCAGUUCUACAUUGUGGCUUGUUAAGCUAAAAGCUGUUGCUCCGUGCAUGACUAAAAAAGGUCCCCCUUUUUUAAAAAGUGGUUUGGAUUAACAUAUUACAAUUUGUUCAGUAUUUUAAAGGUCUUUUGUGUGAUCAGCCCUGUCAUGUCUAGUUUAUAGUUUGCACAUUUGUUAUUAUUUAAGCUCACACGUGUAUUUCCUGUCCAAUGAAAUGAGCAGCUGAAGCACAGUAUUUCUGUCUGUAAAAAGGCUCCCUUUCUCAUUGAUAUACGAGCAUGUUAGAGAAUUUUGUUUCAAGAUAUAUUUUUGUAUAUUUAUAUAUGACGUGCUCUUGGGUAUUUCAACAAAUUUUUGUUUAAAUUAUUUGAAUGUAAAGCAAUAAAGAAUAAUAAAAUCGGUAA